AGGUCUUUAGGAAAUACACACUCAUCCAGAGGUGGAAGGACAGGAGAAAGAGUCACACACUUGCCGAUGUCACCUAAUCCUCUACGCCAAUAGGCUAUUUUACGCAUUAUUUUAAAAUGUUCCGGAGUUGGAGCGGUCCGGUCCAACUGGGCAGGGCUCCUGCGCGAAACACCUUCAAAUAAAUGGGCGAUAGACGAUGCCAGCGUCCGUGACAUACGUCUGGAAGUUGGACGAAGUGCGUGCGUCAUGUGCUGCGGCUGCAGAACCGUUCCGGCUCUUAUUUUAAUUCACACAAGCUGAGAGACAGACAUGAAUCUGAGGCGCGGUGCGACUGUUGAAUUUACAGACAGAUUCUGCCCUGAAUGGUGAAGAAACAGCCGGUCCCCUCCCUUUCAUUUUUCUCUCCAUCCAUUUACCAAUCCAUCUCUCCAUCCAUCCGUCCGUCCGUCUGUCCCUCUCCUCCUCCCCCUGGGGCCGCUGGACGAAGAGAGAGGAGGCCGUGAGGAACGCAAUAGCCUACUCCAAUGAGAGAGAGAGAGAGAGAGAGGACGAUCUGCCAGGACAUUUGGGCUUAUCAGUGCGGACGAAGGUAGAGUUUUAGGGGCGGGGAUGGUGAGGGACUUUAUCGGCACUGCUGCACCUCGAGCGGCCAAACCAAGAUCAUGAGAGGGUGUAAGACGGCGGAGAAGCGGCCGUCAUAUCCUUGCCUUUGACGACGCCGUCCGUGUGUCCCUUGCUCAGUUUCUGGAUGGUCGCUCAGGUGACGGAGAGAAGAUGCAACGAGGGAGGAUGCUACUGAAUUCACUUAAGAAAAUUGUUUCAUCUACAGCGUUUGACUACAAUGACAACGACAUUUCAAAGGAAAACGGUAUUUUAUCUUUUUUCUCUCUCCUCUAGUGCAUUCUAAAAUAAGACUAUAAUAGCAAAUGCCACAUUUUUCGGUCUCAAUGGCUUGUCAGAGCGCACUGGUAAAACAACUGUAAGGUGGCGGGAGCCACAUUAUUGCCACACUGUACCAAACAUUGCGGAUGUUUCGAAAUAAAUAAAUAAUAGUAGCUUUUCCCUUUAUAAUGCCAUUUUAAGUCUGUGGAAAGGCGACUGUUCCCAAAAUGCCAAGUUAAACAUCAGUGGCCGCCGAAGGAAGGCGCUGGGCUGUCAGUGGUUUUCAGAUGUGUUUUUCGACAAUAUCUGAUUUCUUGAGGCCCGAGUCAGAGGCGUUCGUACUGUCAUUACAUGUUGUCAUUAGAGUAACGGGAUAAAUCUUCCAGAGAGGUGCAGGAGGCUGUGGUGCGCUCUGAUCCAAGCAUGAACCAUGGAGAACAUGAAACAUUCAUGUCAACUGGCUCCAGUCACCCCAUGAUUUCAUGUUGGGGGCGAAUCCUGCUUUUUACGGACAUUCAAUCGGAGACACCCCACAGCACUAUCCCACAGUGCAAGCAGCCAGCCAAACGACCACACAUUUAAUUUCCUCACACCCACAACUGGCCGUUGGCAGAGACGCACAGAGACGAAGACGGUUCAUGGGCGGCCUCGUCUGCUGAAUCCAAGAGCUGCAGAGGCUCGCCGGGUGCAGGUGCUCAGCCAUUGCCUACAAGACAACCCGUUGUGCACAUGAGACGUUUUGAUCCAGAUGGGAUGUAAUGUUGUGUGGCUGCACAGCUGAGAAUUGGUCUCCUUCUCCGCUGCUUCAUAAAGAUUGGCUUUCGGUGUCCAGAGAAUGGCGCGGUUCGGAGACGAGGUACCGGCCAGGUAUGGCGGUGGCCCGGGCGGCCGCGGUGGUAGUAGGCAAGGAGGACCCCACGGACAUGGUCACGGUCACGGCCACGGGCAUGGACACGGGCAUGGCCACGGUCCACCCGGAGGGCCCGGAGCCCAGAGAAUGUACAAGCAGUCUAUGGCGCAGAGAGCCCGGACUAUGGCCCUCUAUAACCCCAUUCCUGUGCGCCAGAACUGUUUUACUGUCAACCGCUCGCUGUUCAUUUUCAGUGAGGAUAACUUCGUAAGAAAAUACGCCAAAAAGAUCACCGAAUGGCCUCCAUUUGAGUGGAUGAUUUUAGCCACCAUCAUUGCCAACUGCAUUGUCCUAGCCCUGGAGCAGCAUUUGCCUGAUGGGGACAAGACGCCGCUUUCUGAACGCCUGGAUGAUACAGAGCCGUACUUCAUAGGGAUCUUCUGUUUUGAGUCGGGAAUUAAGAUCCUGGCACUUGGUUUUGCCUUCCACAAGAAUUCCUACCUGAGGAAUGGAUGGAACGUCAUGGACUUUGUGGUGGUGCUCACUGGGAUCCUGUCCACUGUGGGUUCAGAGUUUGACUUGCGGACCCUCAGGGCUGUGCGAGUAUUGAGGCCCCUCAAACUGGUGUCCGGUAUUCCCAGCUUACAGGUGGUGCUCAAAUCCAUCAUGAAGGCCAUGAUUCCUCUGCUGCAAAUUGGCCUGCUGCUUUUCUUUGCCAUCCUUAUGUUCGCCAUCAUCGGCCUGGAGUUCUACAUGGGCAAAUUCCACACAACCUGCUUCGACAAUCACACAGCUGAGAUCAGAGAAGAGUUUCCGUGUGGGACGGAACCUCCAUCACGGCUGUGUCCAGAAGGCACCACAUGUAGGAAGUACUGGUUGGGACCAAACUAUGGCAUCACCCAGUUCGACAACAUCCUGUUUGCUAUCCUCACUGUCUUCCAGUGUAUCACCAUGGAGGGCUGGACUGACCUGCUCUACUAUAGCAAUGAUGCCUCAGGGAGUGCAUGGAACUGGAUGUACUUCAUCCCCCUCAUCAUCAUCGGCUCCUUCUUCAUGCUCAACCUGGUGUUGGGUGUGUUGUCAGGGGAGUUUGCCAAAGAGAGAGAGCGUGUGGAAAAUAGGAGUGAAUUCCUGAAACUCAGAAGACAGCAGCAGAUUGAAAGAGAACUCAAUGGUUACCUGGAAUGGAUCUGCAAAGCUGAAGAGGUCAUCCUGGCAGAUGAUGACAAUGAUGCCGACUAUGAUGGUUCCCGCAGGAGAGCCACAAAGAACCAUAAGAGCAAGGCUGAGCUUCUAAACCCAGAGGAAGGGGAGGGGGAUCUGGCUGUAGGGUCACCGUUUGCCCGUGCCAGCUUGAAGAGCUCCAAGCUUGAAGGAUCAGAUUUCAAGCGGCGGGAACGACGGCUGCGCUUCUUUAUCCGACAUGCUGUUAAGUCCCAGGCCUUCUAUUGGACCGUGCUGUGUUUGGUGGGCCUCAACACGCUGUGUGUGGCUGUAGUCCACUAUGACCAGCCAGAACCACUCUCAGAUUUUCUUUAUUUUGCUGAAUUCAUCUUCCUGGGAAUAUUCUUGACAGAGAUGAUGGUAAAGAUGUAUGGCCUGGGGAAGCAGGCCUACCUCAACUCCUCCUUCAACUGCUUCGACUGCAUUGUUAUUUGUGGCAGUAUAUUUGAAGUACUGUGGUCCAUCAUCCAGCCGGGCACAUCAUUUGGCAUCAGUGUGCUUCGAGCUCUCAGGUUAUUGAGGAUCUUCAAAGUCACCAAGUACUGGGCAUCUUUGCGUAAUCUUGUUGUCUCUCUGCUCAACUCCAUGAAAUCUAUCAUCAGCUUGCUCUUCCUGCUCUUCCUCUUCAUUGUUGUCUUCGCCCUGCUGGGCAUGCAGCUCUUCGGAGGACAGUUUAAUUUUGAAAAUGGCACUCCUCCGACCAACUUUGAUACCUUCCCCGCAGCAAUAAUGACAGUGUUCCAGAUCCUGACCGGCGAGGACUGGAACAUGGUGAUGUACGACGGCAUCAAGUCUCAGGGCGGAGUCAACAAGGGCAUGGCCUUCUCUGUCUUUUUCAUCGUGCUCACACUUUUUGGCAACUACACCCUGCUGAAUGUGUUCUUGGCUAUCGCUGUGGAUAAUUUGGCCAAUGCACAGGAACUGACCAAGGAUGAACAGGAGGAAGAGGAGGCUGCCAGUCAGAAAAUCGCCCUGCAGAAAGCCAAGGAGGUGGCUGAAGUCAGCCCACUGUCUGCUGCCAACUUAUCCAUUGCAGCCAACAAAGUACACAGUGAGUGUCACAACGCUACCGACCCCUUUCUGGACUGCAAGGAGCAGCAAAAGAACCACAAUAAGGGGGUCAAUAAGUCAGUGUGGGAACAACGCACCAAGGAGCUGAGAAAACAGACACUGGCGUCUAGCCGCGAGGCCCUCUAUAACGAACUGGAUGUUGAUGACCGCUGGAAGGCAAGGACAGGGAGGGAGGAGCACAACAAUGUCAAUUACUCACGUCACAUCCGCCCAGACAUGAAGACCCACUUGGACCGACCAUUGGUGGUUGACCCUCAUGAGAACCGCAACAACAAUACUAACAAGACUACUGCAAACAAUUCAGAUCUGUGUUUCAGCCAGCAAACACACCUCCGUGAACAUGUUGGCCAAGUAGACGGUGGCAGUGGUGGUGGAGGAGGAGGAGGAGGUGGUCCAGUCAGGCCUCCCUUAGAGCGUGGAGAGUCUACUGAAAGCAGGAGGAGUCGUAAAGCUGAGCACCACCACCACUCUUCUCAUGUCCGCUUAGAUGCCACAGUGAUUCCUGGGCCAGGCUCUGAGGACAGGCCGUCCAGGCGCCACCACCACACCCGGAGUGGCAGCCGAGGAGGAGGGCAGUCCGAACACAGGAAGCCCAGGUCGCAUCGGAAAAACGCCGAAGAUGAGGCUGGCGGGGGAGGAACUGGAAAAACGGGGAGGCACAAGAGCAAAGGAGUAGAAGGAGGUGGAGAGGGAGGAGACCAGGAGGGAGGUGGGGAUGGCAGUGAGAGGAAACCACGAAGAAAUCGCCAUGGCAACCAGACAGAGGGCGAGGGGAAGAGGAUGUGCCAACACAGAAGGAAGGAUUGCAGUGUCCCAAACCUCUCUACCACACGGCCCAUCCAAAAAAGCAUCUCCAGACAGGACAGCCAGUAUAGCGAGGAUAUGGACAAUCUCAUGAACACCAAACUGGUAUCUGGAUCCACCCCACCAAAUGAGGGCCACCCUAAUCUGAUUUCCAACCACACUGUGGUCCCAGGCUUUGGAUCUGCCCUCCAUCUUGCUAAGAGUGGAACCCGUGGGAGUUUGGUCACAAUAGAUAGCUAUGGAAACAUUGGACAUCACCGUGCCAACAGCAUCAUUAGGCUCCAUCACCCUGACUUCACGGCUGUAGAUAUGCCUAUUUUUCCAUCCACUAAUGCCAUACUUCAGGUCAAUAAAAAUGCCAACACUGAGCCUUUGCCGGCAAAAGAAGAUAAAGAUGAUGAUGAUGAUGAAAAGGGAGGGGAAGGAGGACCCAGACCCAUGCCUCCUUUCACAUCCAUGUUCAUCCUGACCACUACAAACCCGUUUCGUCAAGCGUGUCACUACAUAUGCACCCUGCGAUACUUUGAGAUGUGCGUCCUGCUUGUCAUUGCUAUGAGCAGUAUCGCCCUGGCUGCUGAAGACCCCGUCUGGCCUGACUCCCCCCGCAACAAUGUUCUACGUUAUUUUGACUACGUCUUCACUGGAGUUUUCACUUUUGAAAUGCUUAUAAAGAUGGUGGAUCUGGGAUUGGUCUUGCACCCGGGCUCUUAUUUCCGGGACUUGUGGAACAUCCUUGACUUUAUUGUGGUUAGUGGUGCUCUGGUGGCCUUCGCCUUCACCGGCGGCGGGGGGAGCAGUAAGGGUAAAGACAUUAGCACCAUCAAGUCCCUGAGGGUACUGAGAGUGUUGCGACCUCUGAAGACUAUUAAACGUCUUCCCAAACUCAAGGCUGUGUUUGACUGUGUGGUGAACUCUCUGAAGAAUGUGCUCAACAUCCUGAUCGUCUACUUGCUCUUCAUGUUCAUCUUUGCGGUGGUGGCUGUGCAGCUGUUCAAGGGACGCUUCUUUUACUGCACCGAUGAAUCUAAAGAGUUUGAGCGCGAUUGCAGAGGCGAAUAUUUGGUGUAUGAACGUGAUAACGAAGUGAAGGCGCAGAGGCGGGAGUGGAAGAAGUACGAUUUCCACUACGACAAUGUGGCUUGGGCCCUGCUCACCCUCUUCACUGUGUCCACUGGAGAGGGGUGGCCGCAGGUGCUGAAGCAUUCAGUGGAUGCGACUUACGAGAACCAGGGCCCAAGCCCGGGAUACCGGAUGGAGAUGUCCAUCUUUUACGUGGUGUACUUCGUGGUCUUCCCCUUCUUCUUCGUCAACAUCUUUGUGGCUCUGAUCAUCAUCACCUUCCAGGAGCAAGGGGAUAAGAUGAUGGAGGAUUACAGCUUAGAAAAGAAUGAGAGAGCCUGUAUAGACUUUGCCAUCAACGCCAGGCCUCUGACACGCCACAUGCCUCAGAACAAGCUGAGUUUUCAGUACCGGAUGUGGGAGUUUGUGGUGUCACCGCCAUUUGAAUAUACUAUCAUGGCAAUGAUCGCGCUCAACACAGUUGUGCUGAUGAUGAAGUAUGACGGAGCAUCUGAUACCUAUGAAGAUGUGUUAGCCAACCUGAACAUAGUGUUUACGUCCCUCUUCUCCAUGGAAUGUGUACUCAAGAUCAUCGCCUUUGGAGCACUGAAUUAUUUCAAAGAUGCCUGGAAUAUUUUUGACUGUGUGACAGUUUUGGGCAGCAUUACUGACAUCCUUGUCACCGAGCUUGGGAUGAAUAAUUUCAUCAACCUAAGUUUCCUGAGGCUGUUCAGGGCAGCUCGUCUCAUCAAGCUGCUGAGGCAGGGAGAAACCAUCCGCAUCUUACUCUGGACCUUCGUUCAGUCUUUCAAGGCACUGCCUUAUGUCUGCCUCCUCAUUGCCAUGCUGUUCUUCAUCUAUGCCAUAAUUGGGAUGCAGCUUUUCGGGAAUAUUGCCAUUGAAGAAGAUGGAGAGAGUGCAAUCAACCACCACAACAACUUCAGGACCUUCAUACAGGCUCUCAUGCUUCUCUUCAGGAGCGCAACAGGAGAGGCAUGGCAUGAGAUCAUGCUUGCAUGUCUGGGGGGUAAAGACUGUGACCCCCAGUCAGGGAAUCCAGACCCAGAGUGUGGCAGCCAGGUUGCCUACCUCUACUUUGUCUCCUUCAUCUUCUUCUGUUCCUUCUUGAUGCUGAAUUUGUUUGUAGCUGUCAUCAUGGACAACUUUGAGUACCUGACUAGAGAUUCAUCUAUACUGGGACCUCAUCAUCUGGAUGAGUAUGUCAGGAUAUGGGCCGAGUAUGAUCCAGCUGCCUGCGGGCGAAUUCAUUAUAAGGACAUGUACAGUUUAUUACGAGUUAUCGACCCGCCUCUCGGCUUAGGCAAGAAAUGCCCCCAUAGGGUGGCCUGCAAGAGACUUCUUCGUAUGGAUCUGCCUGUGGCUGAUGACAACACGGUUCACUUCAACUCCACUCUCAUGGCACUUAUCCGCACAGCCCUGGACAUCAAGAUCGCCAAGGGUACGGAAGGUGGUAUUGACAAGCACCAGAUGGAUGCCGAGCUGAGGAAGGAGAUGAUGGCGAUCUGGCCCAAUCUCUCCCAGAAGACUCUGGAUUUGCUGGUUACACCACACAAGUCAGCUACAGACCUGACAGUGGGAAAAAUCUAUGCUGCCAUGAUGAUCAUGGAGUACUACCGGCAGAGCAAGAUCAAACGCUCACAGGCCCUUCGUGAUGAGCAGAAUCGAACGCCAUUACUUUUCCAGCGCGUGGAGCCACCAUCCCCAGCCCAGGAUGGGGGCCCGGGACAUAACAACGCCCUACCUCCACUUGAGACAACAGAGACUGUAAACAGCUUGCCGGUGGAGGGGGGAAUCCCAGAAAGUCAUUCUUGGGUGACGGCUCGUGCUCAGGAAAUGUCUCAGAAGGUCGGAAGCUGGAGUCCUGAGGGUCACCCUGAGGAUGGCCUGGGAAGCAUGACCAACUCUCAGACGGUAGAGAUGAGAGAGAUGGGGCAGGAUGGUUACUCGGAUACUGAGCACUUUCCACCAAUGGAAGGCCAUGGCAGGGCCGCUUCCAUGCCCCGCCUCCCAGGCGACAACCAAACCAUUAAUGACAGCAGUCCCAUGAAACGCUCGGCCUCAUCGCUCGGCCACAGCAGGUCUGGACGGGGCCACAGGGACAAAGGAGGCCCGGAUGACUACACCAUGGACCGAGUCAUACCUGAGGAGGGAAGAGCGUCCAGACAUGGACACCGACGAAAAGACAGAAGUCAUCGGGCCUCAGAGAGGUCCCUUUGUCGCUACACGGAAGCUGACACAGGCCUGGGCACAGACCUGAGCACAACCACCCAAUCAGGCGACCUGACGUCCAAGGACAAGGAUCGUGACAGAGAUCGCGGACGGUCCAAAGACCGUAAGCAUCACCAUCAUCACCAUCACCACCACGGCUCUGUGGACAAGGACCGUUAUGUAGCAGAGCGAGGCGGCGAGUACGGACACAGGCACUCCCGCGACAGAGAUCACGACCGGGAGAGGGAGAGGGAAAGAGACAGACGCUGGUCACGAUCACCCAGCGAGGGUCGUGAAUGCAUGACACACAGACAGGGCAGUAGUUCAGUCAGCGGAAGUCCCGUUCCCUCAACCUCGGGGACCAGUACGCCACGGAGGGGCCGCCGACAGUUGCCUCAGACCCCUGCAACACCUCGGCCCCACGUUACCUACUCCCCUGUGGUCCGUAAGGCUAUGCCCACUCCACCUGGGGGUCCCCAGAACCGACCCCCAGCCCCAGCCCCUCGUCGCUUUUCUCCUGAGCCUCCCCUAGGUCAGGGCCCUCCCCCUGCUGGCCUCCCGGUCGCCCACCAUGCUACACCCCGUCAGGGUCACCACCCCCCUCCUCGCUGGGGAGAGACAGGCGGAGGAGGAAUCCCUGUAGAGGGGGAUGGUUGCUUCUACAACCAGGACUACGAGUCCCACCACGAACCACCGGCCUAUGAGCAGGGCCCCAUGCAGGGUGGCAACCCCCAUCCUCAUGCUCUGGUCAACCACCCACUGCCACCUCCCCCUCAGUCGCAGCCUCACAACCCUCAUCCUCAUCCUCUUCCUCCCCCCCAACCACACCCUGUAAACAACCCCCACCCUCAUCCCACACCCCACCCGCAGCCCACUCGUACCUCGCCCAGGACUGCCCGCCAUGCGCCCCCUCCUACCACUGCCCUGACUGGGCCAGUGCAGAGCCAAGUGCAGCCCUCCACCCAGCGCCGCCUGCCCAACGGCUACCGCUCUUCAUCACCUUCCACACAUCUCCAUGGACCCCCACAUACUGGGCCUCACAAGGUCCCCCCUCCAGGUGGGCAUCCUAGGGGUCCCCGUAAGGGCCUGCAUGAACCCUACAGCGAGACGGAGGACGACGACUGGUGCUAGCCUCUGGGGAUGGGGGAGGGGUGUACGGAGGAAAAAGAACUGAUAAAAAGACUGAAAGACAAAGAGAGAAAGAAAGCUCCGAGCCAGAGCACUGACUGCCAAGGGAUAACAUGAUAAUUUCUUUCUUGUCUGUUCAAUUUUUUCCUCUCCUCCAACACUUGACAUGUCCUGCGGACUGUGGGCGAGACGAAGGGAAAGGUGUCAGGAUGAAGGGGUGGAACAGGAAUGCUGAGGCAGGAUGUGGAGAAAAUUACACACCUCCACAUUCUACCCACAUUGUUGUUGCAUUCAUCCUUUGACACCAGAUGAGACAAAACUGAACCUGCAGUUUUUAAGGAUGCAAGCGAGACAGAGGGGUGACGGACACUAGUCUUUGUGUGUCUUAAAUUAUGCCUCUGGCAACGAGCUACAGCCACUUACAAGAUGUCAAGAGUUGCGACUCGACAAAAGACACUUUACAGUCAGAGACAAAAGAACGACCACUUUUUUGCUUCUCAGAGUUAACUUCAGUUAUGUUAGCUGCAAAAAUAAUCCAAUAUCCAAUCCAACCCUCCCAACCACUAGUUGAAUAUUGAUGAGUUUUAUCAUCUGUGUUUUUAAAUUAGAACAAAAGUGACAAUGAGCCCUCCGCCUGUUUAAGGUGAGAAGGCGAAGUGGAUGGGAGAGUUGGGGAGUGUUGUACAGGGUUGAUAAGUCCCUUGGUCAAAACCUAAAGGACAGGAUGUUUACCCCUGUCCCAGGAAAACACCCACCUCCCAGAAACAAACAUCUUAACCAACCUCAACCUCUGGCCUGUGAGGAAAGAAAAAAUAUAAUAUGGAGAUUGAGUUUCAGAAAGCUAAACAAAACAAACCAGUAACUGUUUUCUGCAGUAUUUCUUCUUCUAUUCCUGCAGCUGCUUCUUCUUCCUCCUCCUCCUCUUCUACUUAUUCAAAACAUCGAAGCUUAAAUCUUCUGUUGCACCCUACAUGGCUUCGUUUUUAGACUUGCAGAGUUGUACACCCUGUGGAAUCCUGCAUGAAUGAAACAAAAAAAUAAUACUAAUAACAAUGAAAAUCUACUGUAUGUGAGGGGGGAGGGGGGUUCCGUGGUUCUGUUGUCUGUUUGGUUGCUCUCUUUUUUACAGUGAAAAUGCCUUUCUGUUUGUCUCUCUUUCUCUGCUCUCUGUACGACAUUCCUCUCUCUGUACAUUCACGUCAGUCAAGUGACUGCUAUAGUGAGGCUGGAUAUUUAUGUAUAUCCAAACGUUUAAAAAAAAAAGAUUACUUUUUGCUUGCUUGUCUGUAUGUUCUGUGCCAAAUGCCUGCCACUGAUACAGCUGAAAUUGCACAUAUUUUUUGUGGAAGUACAUUUUUGUAACCGAGGCGAUCAAAUGAUAUAAUGGAAAGCAGGGUAAGCGGAGACAAGAUAGGGUGGCGAAGGAUGCUUCGUCCAAAUCGGUGACUAAUUUUGACUGAUCAGUACCAUGUCAAAGUCUUCCAGGGUUUGGGGUUAAAACAGAGACCCUAGAGAAAAAGAGACCAGCAGAAAGGUGGAUUAAAAAAAGAGAGAAACUCGUCAUCUUUUUGUUAUCGACCCUAACAUGGGAAAUCAGAAAAAUAAUAUGUAAUGUGACAGAUUCUCCAUAUUUGGUCCUAUAUUUUGUUUUGUAUGUUUGUUUAUAUUGAAGCUCAGCCAAUCAUUUGUCCAACCCUGGGAUGGACCCCACAGCUGCAUUGUGGGAGAAUGAGUUUGCACGAGGGUGAAGAGAAGCUGUCGAAAUGCCCGUGUUCCUUCUCUGGCUUUUUAAAGACUAAACAGAGGUUACGAAGUCGGGCGGAUAUAAUCGAGAAUCCCCGUAAACGUAACAUCAAACACAGCUUCUGUGUAUGAACCGAUGCAUCUACUCUCCUGCUGGAGUCGCACCACCACUUGUGACCUUCAGAGGGCGCUCAAAGACAGGAAAGUGUCCCUCUGGUUUUUGUACCUCUCCCUUUAUGUCAUUCAGAGUUGUUACAGCAGCUCAUUCUCUCACUAGUAGACCACCUUGUCUGUGUUCACUACGUGUAAACACAGGCAGCUGAAUUAUAAAGGAUCAUGUUGUCACACAGUUCAGAUGGGUUGGAGAAAAGAUGUCUGGGCCUUGUGGGGUCCAAAAAAACAUCAGUGUUCCGUGUCUGUCACUCCUAUAUAUCUUUAAUUUCUUUCUGUGUGUUUCUCUGUGUGCCUCAAACUAACACUUGUCACUAAUGCACACCACUGUCAGCUCUGACAUUGUUACUGUUUAAUUGAUUUAUUAUUUAUUUAUUUGUUUAUUUUAUAACCUGCGUUUGACCUGGAGGCCUAUCACAUGUUGACCAGAGAAUGCACCGAAAAAAUAGAAAAGAAAAAACUGCCUAUUAGUGUCUUUCCAACCUCAGUGGAAUGUCACAGACAAGUAUUUUUUCACAUCAGUAUACUUAAAUCAGAAAGCACACUAGGUAUGUAGCUCCUGGUUGCUCCUGUAUGUGUGUAUGUGUGUGUGUGUGUGUGUGAGUGUGAGUGGGUUUUUGCUCGUGUGAAUGUGUUUCUGAUGAAUUUUGAUUUGUUUUAUGCUUGCUUUCCUUUCUAUUCUUUGUCUCCAGAAAUCUUUUGGAAAUCUUACAAUGUUUCAGUCAAAUCAUUGUGACUGUCUUCGACUUUGUGAGUGUAUGUUUGUGUGUGUGUGUGUGUGUGUGUGUACAUGAUGUCAGUAACCCCUGAAUGAAACAUGCAAAGCCCCGACCUUUCACCAUCCAUCUUUGUGUCUAUGCUGCAGUGAAAUCCACUAACACGCUGAUUAACCACACAAAGUCUUCAAAAAGCAAUGUAAAGCCGCUACUGAGAAAAAAAAAAAGACAUUUUUUUUUUAAAUACAAAAGAGUAAAAAAAAAAGGAAAAAAUACCUAGUUCCAGAACUGCAUGUGCUAUGUGCAUGCCACACCGUGGGUUAACAGUCAUCUUCAGGACAUAAAAGAAAAAGCAGAUUAAUGAAUUCAAAGGAAUAAAAAAAAAAGAUAUAUAAAUAGAUAGAUGUUUUUAAAAAAUCAACGUUUCCUUUUUUUUCUUCUAUUUUUGAGAACAAAAAAGGUGAAAAAAAUGACAAAAAAAAGUCUAAAGAGUAAAAACACAAAAGAGACUUUGGUGUGAGUCAGAGUCUCGUUUGUUUUCUUCUGUUACAUGGGGUUGAGGCACAACACGACCAUGUUCAGGACACCACAAAAAAAAAAAAAAAAACUAAAAAAAAAAAAGAACUGUUUUUAAAGACAAAAUAUAUACGAAGAAAAGAAAGUACAGUUCAGAAGAUGGUGUAUUAUCCCUUCUACUUUUUUGUGGGAGUCAGGGGAUGCAGGAGCGAGCCAAAUCUGAUGAUGUACUCAUGAACUGGCUGUGGAAACCGUUGAUCUCUCACUCACUCCCUCUUUUUUUCUCUCUCUCUCUAACUCUGUCUCUUACACUCUAUCUCUCGCACUCUCAACCUGUCUCACCGCUAUUUCUACCAGUGCAUUUUGUAAUUCCAAACAGAACUCUUCCUAAAGAAUAAAAUCCAGAGAGAAUGCA